ACCGUUGCAUCACAAUGACGUACUUCCUCUAAGUUUCGGCUCCGGGGAAAACAACAUCUAAAGGACCCCAGCCUCAAGAAGAAAACACCAAAUAUUUGGCGUCUCUACCAGCUGUUACCACCUGCGACGCUUUAACUGUAACACUUAACUCCUUAAAUACACAAUGCCCCAGAACGAGCACAUUGAGUUGCACCGCAAGCGGCAUGGCUACCGCCUGGACCAUCAUGAAAAGAAAAGGAAGAAGGAGAGCCGUGAGGCCCACGAGCGGUCCCACAAAGCCAGGAAGUUGAUUGGUUUGAAGGCCAAACUGUACCACAAACAGAGACAUGCAGAAAAGAUCCAGAUGAAGAAGACCAUCAAAAUGCAUGAACAGAGGAAGACCAAGCAGAAGAAUGACGAUAAGACACCAGAAGGAGCAGUGCCAGCCUACCUUUUGGACAGAGAAGGACAGUCUCGUGCUAAGGUCCUCUCCAACAUGAUCAAACAGAAGAGGAAAGAGAAGGCUGGCAAAUGGGAGGUGCCUCUGCCAAAGGUUCGUGCACAGGGAGAGACGGAAGUGCUUAAAGUCAUCAAAACCGGAAAGAGACAGAAGAAAGCCUGGAAGAGAAUGGUCACCAAGGUUUGCUUUGUCGGUGAUGGCUUCACUCGUAAACCUCCAAAAUAUGAGCGUUUCAUCAGACCUAUGGGAUUGCGUUUUAAGAAAGCUCAUGUUACGCAUCCAGAGCUAAAGGCCACAUUCUGUCUUCCCAUCCUCGGAGUGAAGAAGAAUCCUUCCUCACCCCUCUACACCUCUCUGGGAGUCAUCACAAAAGGAACAGUCAUAGAAGUCAAUGUCAGUGAGCUGGGCCUGGUUACACAAGGAGGAAAGGUUAUCUGGGGUAAAUAUGCUCAGGUGACAAAUAAUCCAGAAAACGAUGGCUGCAUCAAUGCAGUUCUGCUGGUAUAAGACUCUCAAUCUUUAUACAGACUGUGCCUGGUAACUCCUAAUUUAUACAAGGAGUGUUGAUUACCACCAAGAACACAAAGAUGGGACAAGCAAGGGGCUCAAAAUCAUGCGACUGUUGGGAAGAUCACAAAUGCAACAUAAGGGUUUUUGGACACUCAAAGAAAAAGAAAACGGGCUGAUUGUUGUGUUAAAUUUGUUCUAAAUAAAAUUGAUAUGACACCAGA